AUGCCCGCGAGCACUGAGCUCCCCGUUGCCCGCGCGCCGGCGGACGAUGCCGGCGAGCCCGUCGCGCGGGUCGCGGGCGCGCCCACGCCCAUGGCGGUCUCCUUCUCGGAAGAGCAGAUGCUGCGCGCCUACCUCGAGUGCCCCGCCAGCACCGCCUACCACGCCCCCCUCGCGUUCUGGCUGGACGGGCCCGUCGCGGCGGACGCGGCGGCGCGAUGCUUGCAGGCACUCGUCGACAGGCACCUCGCGCUAAAAAUGCACUUCGGGGUCUCCGGCGGCGGCGUGCUGCAGGCCUUGGCCGAACCUGCCUGCGCACCGCGGGUGGCCCGCGAGAGCGUCGCUGGCCCUGCGGAGGCCCUGGCGCUCGCGCGGGCGCUGGCGGCGGAGCCCUUCCGCCCCAUGGAGGGCCCGCCGUGCCGCGCCGCGGUGCUCGCGGCGGCCGGGCCGGAGCCGAGGCUGUUGGUGGCGCUGGUCGCGCACCACGUCGCCGUGGACAUGCUCUCGCUCCAGGUGCUGCGGAAGGAGUUCUGCCAGCUCCUGGCGGCCGCGCUGGGCGCGGCCCGGGCGCUGCCCGCCUGCGGGCUGGACAGGGCCGACCACGCCGAGUGGCAGCGGCGCGCCGCGGCGGCCGGGGCGUUCGCGGCGCCCGUGGCGCGGAGGGUUGCGCGGUUGGCACGGCACGCGGCGCCGCAGCUCGCGCUGCCGCUGGACAAGCCCAGGCCGCCGCGCUUCACCCACGCCGGGGGCGAGGUGCGCGGCGUGAUCCCGGCGGGCGUGCUGGAGAGGGCAGAGGCGGCAGUGCGUGCCUGCGGCAUUCUCGCCACACGUUUCGACCUUCUCCUGUCGCUGUUCGCGGUAGUGCUGUGCCGCAGCACUGGGCAGGAGCAGUUGGUCAUCGGCGUGCCGCACCACGGGCGGGGGCGUGAGACCAUGCACACGGUCGGCUGCUUUAUCAACAUCCUCCCUGUCUGCUGCUCGGUUCCUGCAGGGACGCGACUGGCCCAGGUUGUGGCUAGCGUCCACGAAGAGAUGGUGUCCGCACAGCGAGACGCAGAAGCCCCUCUGAUCGAGGUGCUCGCGGCGCUCCGGGCAGAGGGCCUCGCGAGGCCCGACCCCUCGCGGAACGCGCUGUACCAGGCCGUGUGCAACAUGUGGGGGGACGUCGAGGACAGGUCCUGGCGGGAGAGCGCCUCCCUCCUGCCGACGGCGUUUCCCUCGCGCGGGCCGAGGACCUGCGAUGCGUGGGCGGGCAGGUCGACGUCCAGCUGGAGCUCCACGCUGCCCCCCACGGCGGGCUCGCGGUCGCCUGCGGCUACUGCAGGGACCUCUUCGCCGAGGCCUCGGCGCGCGGCUGGCUGCAGGAGCUGCGAGAGCUGGCCGAGCGGGUGGGCGCGGACCCCUCGGCGGACGCCUGGGCGCCGAGGGCGCGCGGCCCCGAGCUUGCUCCGGGCCAGCCCGCGGGCCAGGGCGCCGUGGGCCAGGCGGUGCGGCAGGCCGUCGCUGCGGUGCUGCCCGGCGGGGAGCUCCUCGGGGACGACACGCCCCUGGCGCACGCCGGCCUGGACUCCACGUCGGCCGCCUUCCUGCACGACCGCCUGUCCGCGAUCGCGGGCUCGCUGCUGCCCAGGUCCGCGGUCUUCGACCAGCCGAGCAUCGCUGGCCUCGCCCGGGCGCUGCUCGAGCCCGCGGGGUCGCGCGAGCUUGGGCAGGUGUCCGAACGGGAGGCGCGCGCCGCCGACCCAGAAGGCCCCGAUUCGCCUGCUGCCGCUGAGCCAUUGCUUAUACGCGUGA